UCUUCUACACAUGCGCACGGUUGGGCGGGCCUUCUCUCUUCUCGCCUGACGCCGCCGACAUGGUGUUCAGGCGCUUCGUGGAGGUUGGCCGGGUAGCCUACGUCUCCUUUGGGCCUCAUGCCGGAAAGCUGGUCGCGAUCGUAGAUGUUAUUGAUCAGAACAGGGCUUUGGUCGAUGGACCUUGCACUCAGGUAAGGAGACAGGCCAUGCCUUUCAAGUGCAUGCAGCUCACUGACUUCAUCCUCAAGUUCCCACACAGUGCCCGCCAGAAGUAUGUGCGACAAGCCUGGCAGAAGGCUGAUAUCAAUACAAAGUGGGCAGCCACAAGAUGGGCCAAGAAGAUUGAAGCCAGAGAAAGGAAGGCCAAAAUGACGGAUUUUGAUCGUUACAAAGUCAUGAAGGCAAAGAAAAUGAGGAACAGAAUAAUCAAGAAUGAGGUAAAGAAGCUUCAAAAGGCAGUUCUUCUAAAAGCUUCUCCCAAAAAACCACCUGCUGCUAAGGGUGCUACUGCAGCUGCAGCUAAAGUUCCAGCAAAAAAGGUGACUACUGUGGGCAAGAAAGCUCCACCCCAGAAGGUUCCUGCCCAGAAAGCCACAGGCCAGAAGGCAGCACCUCCUCCGAAAGCUCAGAAGGGUCAAAAAGCUCCAGCUCAGAAAGCACCUGCUCCAAAGGCAUCUGGCAAAAAAGUAUAAGAGAUUAUUGUAAAAGUAAUAAAGAUUCUUUUUGACAUGUUGGCAAA